AUGGCCGGAAUCCUAUCUGCAUCAGACUCCGUCGACCGUUUCUGCUACCAGUAUCUUCAGCUUGAGUCAACACUCGAGUAUCCUACUGCAGAGAUCAUCCGUGAACCACCAGCCCAAGACACCAUCUAUAAGAAACUCUUCUCAGAACAAGGCCCUCGUUAUCCUCCUCCUGCAAGAUAUCGCCUCCGGAUUCUGAAAGAGCUUGUUGCCAGAAUAGAGUCUAGCAUCGAUGAUUGGGACCAAUAUGAAGUUUCGGAAGAUCUCAUGACGGCCUUGUCCGAAUCUCUUUCAGCUCCAAUUCCUUCUGAGGUAUCCUCUGCUCAGCAGAAAUCAUAUGUCACAUAUCACCUGAGUGGUCUCGAACAGAGCCCCCGGCCUAGGCACUCGCCUCCGCCUGACAUCACCCUGCUUGAGGCCCGCUCGCUGAUCUCUGCCUCCGGCACCACGGGUCUCCGAACAUGGGAAGCCGCGCUACAUCUCGGGCAGUUCCUUUGCGAGAAUCAAGACCUCGUCCAAGGGAAGCGAGUCCUUGAGCUUGGAGCAGGUACUGGAUACCUGGCAAUCCUUUGCGUCAACCAUCUCGGCGCCACUCACGUUGUAGCUUCCGAUGGAUCCGAUGAUGUGAUCAAUAACCUUCCAGAGAGCUUCUUCCUUAACGACCUGCAAGAUAGCACCCUCAUCAGACCCAUGGAGCUCAGAUGGGGGCAUGCUCUCGUUGGAACAGAGGAUCAAAAGUGGAAUAACGGCGAUGAUGUUGAUAUUGUGAUCGGAGCAGACAUCACCUAUGACCAGAGCAUCAUUCCGGCCCUCAUAGCAACCCUCGAAGAGCUCUUUGCCUUGUUCCCUGCCGUACAGGUUUUGAUAUCCGCGACCCAGCGGAAUGAGGUCACGUUCGAGGCCUUUUGCAGCCGUUGCCGUCAGCGCGAGAUGGGCUUGAGCUAUGUCGACUUUUCCAUCCCUCCGAGACAGCGGCAAAAGGGACCGUUCUACAAUGAUAGCGUGCCCAUUCGAAUUUGUCGAGUCUCAGCACCGCCGACUACAAGUGCGAUAUGGUGA